CGGCGUUACUAACCAUCCCUCGGCCAUCUCUUCCUCCCCCUUCGCCGUUUUUUUCUUCCUCUUUCUAACAACCAUCUCACCUCCUGAUACCCACCAUCGCCUCUCACGGCUUUUUCAUUUUAUUCCUCGCCAAUACACCGCCCUAAUCUCCUCUCCUAAUCACAUCAAUCACCAUGUUCCGUCGUCUCGUCACAGUCGCCCCUCGCUCUGUCGGCACUCUCGUGUCGCCUCGUAUCACACCGGCCCUGUCCGGCCUGCAAACGCAGCAGCCCAUCUUCCGCGCAUCUCCUGCCCCCCAGCGAAGAGGCUACCAUGAGAAAGUGCUAGACCACUACAACAACCCGCGGAAUGCCGGAUCCAUGAAGGUCAACGAGGACGUCGGCAGCGGCCUCGUCGGUGCCCCGGCCUGCGGUGACGUGAUGAAGCUUCAGAUCCGCGUCGACAAGGACACGAACACGAUCAGCGACGUCAAGUUCAAGACUUUCGGCUGCGGUAGCGCCAUCGCUAGCUCUUCCUACCUCACCGAGUUGGUGCGUGGUAUGACCCUCGAGGAAGCCGGCAAGGUCCGCAACACCGACAUUGCUAAGGAAUUGUGCCUUCCUCCCGUGAAGCUGCACUGCUCCAUGCUUGCCGAGGAUGCUAUCAAGUCGGCCAUCUCGGACUACUACACCAAGAACCCCAAGGCUCGCUCGACCGACCUCGGCGGCACCGGUGCCUCCAUGCCUCAGGUCGAGGUUGAGGUUGAGAAGACCGGCGGUGCUUCCGCUAGCCUGUAAAAUGAAGAAAUAAUUAUAACAAAAACCCUACAAAAAAAGGAUUGAAAUUCUCAAAUCUUACCAAAAACAUGCACCAAAAGACACCAUGGUGAAAGCAACAAGGCGAUACCAAAUAUGAUUCCCUGAUUGUGUUGAAUUUCUUCUUUGAUUGUUCCAAAUUCAGAUUGGAAUUGUUUAUUUUUUCCCUCGAAUGAUGUACAGAUUUUUUCUUUCACUUACCAUUCUCUUCGAGAUUUUUUUUUUUCUUUUUUUUUUUUUUUUAAU